GCCACCCAGAGCUUCUAGCUGCCAGGGGUCUUCAAAACAUAAACUUCUUUGCUGCUACAGAAUAAGGUGUUUGGCAAUAAAUUUGCAGGGGCUGCAUGAUGUUGAACGAGAAAGGAGAUGGGAUAAACAACAACACAAGCCUUCCACCAAUUCAACAAAAUAGACCUGCUUUGUCAUGGGAACUGAAGAUCAAGAAACGUGUGACUGUCCCCUCCUGUCUGGGCAUGUUCAGACCCGUUAUGGGUCAGUGUUGCCACCAGUGCACCUCGGACAGUCUGAACAAAAAGCUUGGCCAAAACUCUUUCCUUGGCUUCCGCAACCUGCUGAGCAUCAAUGAGACACAAACCAGAUAUCGAGGCUGGCUGGUGCGCAGGGUAUGCUGCAUUUUGUAUGUGAGUGGGUGCAAGGUUUACGGGAGUCCCGUUACCGACAGGCUGGAGAGAGUCUGUCAGAGCAACAGGGUGAGGGAGGCGCUCACAGCGGCUCAUAAAGCACCCGAGGGGGAAGACAGCCAAGGGCAGCUCAGUCUUCUCUCACCACUCCUGUCCCUCAUUAACACCUGCAUUUCCCCCGGCCUCAUCAGAUUCAUGUCCUGGGUGAUGCUGAAGAUGUUUGCCUCUGUGUUUGGAAGUAUUCAAGUCAACAAAAAUCAUCUUCCAGCUUUACACAAAGCAACACUAGAGGGCUCUCCCCUGGUAUAUGUGUAUCUGCGUCAAAGCGCCGUAGACUGCGCUCUCAUCUCUCUCGCGCUCCUCUGUCACAGCCUGAGAACGCCAUACACUGUUUGUCCUCUCCACGUCAAAAGCUUCUUUCUAAGAUCCGUCUUGGAGAAAGUAGGUGUCAUCCUGCUGCCUCCUAAUGCAGCGACCGAACUUGAAGCUGAAAUGGAUCCUCUCUACUCUGCUGUCAUGACUUCUCUGGUAUGUGAGCUGCUUCAUGAGGGUCAGGCGUUAAGCGUCGGCGUGUCAGCGGCGUUUGGCCACGGCGGCCAGUGGCUGGCUCGCAUCAGGCAGCUCAUCAAAGAGGGAUCUGUCCCUGAUGUCAGCCUGGUCCCUGUGGGCAUCUCAUACGACUGUGUGGCCGACUCCAACCUAAAGGAAGCUGGUUUACAGUCUGUGUUGCAGUGGCUGUCGUCGCUUCUCUGGAAGAAACCAGCAGGAAGUGUGAUGAUCCAGCUUUCCCAGCCAUUUUCUCUCAAGGAGAUGUGUGAGUCGGGGCGGUGCAGAGUAGAUGAAUGGCUCCCUCUACAGGACCUGUUGCUGCCUGUUGUCCUCAACAACAGAGCUGACAGUGUGUUUGGGAAGAGACGGAUGUCGUGGCUUCUGCCUGCGUUGCAUUCUGCUCCUGAACUCGAAGAGAAGAGCCAUUCAGAUAGAGACCUCAGCGUUGCCAUCGUCCUCCACCUCAUCUUCUCGGUCGCUUCCUGCACAGCUGUGAUGUCCACCAGUCUCAUGUCCAGUCUGCUACUCUACAAACACAGCAAGGGCGUGAGUACAUCUGUCCUGUGUUGUGACGUCGCCUGGCUCCUCGAGGAGCUCUUGUUCAGGAACAGAGACGUUGGCUUUGGGGGAACUCUUCCAGAAAUCGUCCACUACUCUCUCUCCCUGCUUGCACCUCACCUCAUCAUUGCUGCGUUGCCGACAGGGAAAGACCCUCUCAUUGUCCCUCGUCCGUCCGCUGCUUCUGUUCUUCACCUCUCUGCUCUGGCCCAGAAGGUGACUCACACCUUCAUACUGGAAGCUGUGGGAGCGUGCGCGGUGUCGGCCAUGCUGUGCGAGGUGGUCUUCAGCGGCGUCAGCAGCCGAGUGAGGAGUGACGGCGUGGAGGGAGAGGAGGUCAAAGGUGACAUGGAGUUUGAUGUGGUGCUCGGUCAGUCGGAGCUGACGGAGAAAGCCUUGCAGCUUUGCCAUCUCCUGCCUCCGGGCAUCAUGCCACCUUGUCAGUCGGCUCAGAGUUUUGCUCUGGAUGCUGUUGACAGUCUGGUCCGCUGUGGCAUCCUGAUCAUGGAGGAAAUUCCCCGAGACGUUCACAUCUGUGAUUUCUGGAAGAGGGAAGGCACUCUGAACUGGACCGCCACUGACGACCCAUAUCACAGCGACUCUGACUGCGAGGACCAGGACUUGCGCUCAUACAAGAUAAGUCAGCCGAAGCAGUUCCCAGAAAUGCUCUUCUUCCUCUGCAGAAUGCUAGCUGGACAUUUGAGGGCGCUGUGCUGGACCACCAACGCUCUGGACGUGAUGGACUUGCCUCUGCCUGAAGCCGAAUUUCUAUCUCAGAUACACUCCCAUCUCUGUGAAACGGCAAAUCAGAAGAAACAGCACUAUGAAAGCUGCUCAGAGGAGGCGGCACACACUGCAGUUAGAACACUAAUAGACCUCGGGGUCCUUCUGCAGACGCUUCAGACGGGAGCCAUCUUCCUCGGUGUUAGUCCUUUGUUCCAGUUGUCAGAGAACCGGGAGAAGCUGCAGCGCUUCAUCUCGCAGUACCUCUACAAUUAAUGUUAAGUGCGCAGAAUGACUCAAGGCCUCGUCUCCGCUUUGUUCUGCUGAAAAAAAUCUGACCUCGUUCUGUAUAGUUGUCAGAAAAGGCCUUUGUUCUGUUAACUAAAAUAGUCACUCUGAGUUAGAAGCAGCUUUCUUUGUUUUAAUUGCAUUUUAUAAUUUUACUUUUAAGUAUAAUGGUUUAAGUAAGCAUUUCUCUGCUGCGGGUGAGCAUUACGAAGAACCUGUCAUCAGCUGUUCCUUAUAUGUAAAAUGUUUUAAAUAAAGAAGUUCUUGGUUCAUCUUAGAUUCACGUCGCGUUCAAGCAGCCUGAGCUCUUUAAGGAUGAAUAUAAGAUAUUUCUCGACAAGUCAUUUUUUUCCUGAAGAUCUCUCGCCCCUGAAUGUAGAUCAUCCACGCUGAGUCAGGCCUCUGGGGAGACUCUUUGACGCAGACCUCUGGACAUCAAGACGGGGAGAACAAUCGAUUCCUCACUUUGAUGGGAGUUUUUUCUGGCAGCCGUUAAUGUUUGCUGUGUACAGCUGACUGUUUUUACAGUCCAGAGUGAGUGCAGCUGCUUUUCACCCUCAAAUCGGGAACAGACCACAGCUGUGACGGACUUUACCGCCACCCGGUGGCACUUCUGAGGAUCUACAACCUGACAAAUUAAGCUUUAAAUGUAGUAAAUUUCUUCUUUAAUGCUUAAACCUUUUUGCAGUUUUUACAAAUUAACAAGAAGAGACUUGAUUUAUGUUUGACAUUUGAAGUUAAUUCAGUUCAAAAUAUGAAGAAUCUUUUACAGCUAGGAAAUAUUGUUUCAGAUCCACUUUUUAAAAAUUACAUAAGCACCCCCACAUUUAAACCAGGCAACAAAAUAUCUGCUGGCUGUUCAGAAAAUGCUAUCUGAAUAGAAAGUUCAGUGGAAGAAAAGAAUUGUGGUAGAAAAAGGUGCAUAAAUUUCAGACAGAACCAAAGCAAAAUUAAUUAAGCGUUCAGAGAAAGUCUCUGUUUAAGACAACUGUACAGAAAUUAAAUUUAAGAUUUUUGGCUGAUAUUUCUUCACUGAAAAUGUAUUUCUGUCACAAUAGUCAGGAUAGUUGUAGGACUUAUAUCUAAUAUUUAAUUGAAUAAUAAAACUCAGAAAUGUCAACAAAAAAAUAAUCCAGAAAAUGUGAGAUUAAUCUCAAAAUUUCUGACUUCUGAAACUCAGAAAUGUAUAAUUUUUUUUGGUGGAAACGUACUAUUCCUUUUUUUCUAUCUAGAAAGACCCUAAUAGGCUGUGGUAAAGCUGUGAUUUAUUAAAUCACUCACAGAGUUAAGGAGCUUCAAAGUAAAAACACAGAAUAUUUUUGGAAAUGCCCUCAGAUUUCCCUUUACUAGACAGUAAACUGAUCAAUUGUGUUAUAUCUGGUCAAUUAUCCAGCUGGACUGAAAAAACAGAACAAACACACGUUAUUAAUACUACAGCCAACAAAAGUGCCAUGAGAAACAAUUGGUGAAAGGAGGAACUACUUCCUCGAAAUGGCUGGACGUAAAACACAAACUUUAUGUAAUAAAGAAAAAUGUGAACAGUGCUGGAAAAAAAUUAAACACUUUCUUAGUAAUUCACCACAUUAUAUAAUUAUAUACACUAUAUUUUUAAUCUCGACCCAAAACUUUAUAGAUUAUUUCUGUGUCCUCUGCUUGUUUUUCAUUUAUUGUAGUUUGAAAUGCAAAUGCUCAAUAGAAAUAAAGUUAAAAUAUUACAAAUCAAACUGAAGAGCAGCUGAAAGUAAUAAAACCCAAUUAUUAAUGAUUAUAUGACAGCUGCAAACACUCAUAAGAAGCUCAUAUAAAACCAUCUGUAAUGUUUCACUAGCUGUAAAAAAAAAUUAAACUGGGACACUGAGCAACAAUUAAACCAUAAAUAUUCUCUUAA